AUGGCAUAUCUUGCGUUGCUGUGCACGCCGUACCAUGAACUCGGUACCUGCUACCUAACACUGCAAGUAGUGCUGCCUACCGUCGGAGCUGAGCCUACCUGCGCUGAGCCAAAACUGAUCACGCACCUCUGCACUCUGCACAGGGCUCGAGUGCGGUUGGGAAGGCUCGCUUCGUCCUCCAUUCCCUCGUCUUGGCCCCCCUCCAUCAUUUCAUUUCUCGGCGGCCAGCGCACUCGGCCUCUCGUCACCUCUCCUUCGACCAACCAUUCUUCACCUGCCAGCCCUUCCUUCUCAUGCUCCGUCUUGGCUCCGAUCCUCCAUCGCCCGCACGCUGACGGGAACACACGCUCUCUCUGCAAAGAAUACCUGGCGACGAGGUCAUCGGUCGGCGUUCCAGGCGCGUCGUGCUACCAAGAAAAGGCCGCCGCCCUUGCUGUUGCCGGUCCGCCAUUCGCCACCACCGCAAUUGCCUUCGUGGCCAGUCUCGGGUCGCGCCGCGGGCCUGUCUACCCUGCCUGCCCUCGGCCUGCCCUGCCUCCCUGGUCCCCUUCGAGCACACCUAAACUACAGUAUUAUUAUUACCUAGUCAUCGGCGGCCGCACAGGGUUCCCCAAUCGGCUACGAGCACGGACAAAGCAAUUCGUCGGCGGCGCGCACAAACGGAUGUCGACGACGCGGCCGAUACCUGACGACACCAUCCAUCACCGAGACGUGUCGGCUUCGUUCGUCCCCCCGCCCUCCCGCGUCGUCGCUCGCCUCCUCGGCCGAAAACCGCCCAAGAUUCCGCCUCCAAACCCAUCCCGUCUCCCCUCCAACAUUCCCCUGCGGACCCUACCGCCGCGCCCCGACGGCGAGGACGGAUCCUUCCUCCCCUUCCGCUCAGGCGACCUCCCGCAGCACCGUCGCCUGUCGACGGGCUCCGACUCUUCCUGGACCGACACGGGCGACAUCGGCGAGCAGCCGUCGGCCGAAGAGGACCUCGUACGCCUUCAGCUGCCCGACGAGCUCGAGGAGGAGCUGCUGGCCGGCAUCCAGAAGCGAACGCCGCGGCACGGCAAAAAGGUGCGCAUCUACGAACCCUCGCCGCAACGAUACGGGCGACCGCGCUCCCGCCUCGGCGCCCGCAUCCUCGACAAAGAGGCCAUCGACGUUCCCGACACGGCCGGCCGUUUGCGUCCCUCGCGGGCUGAUCGUUGCAUCGGCGCCAUCAUGUCGGGACACUCGGGUUCCAUCCAUGGCCUCACCGGCAAGGCCCUCCUCUACUUCACCAGCAUAUUCGUCUCCCUCGGCGUCUUUCUCUUCGGCUACGAUCAAGGCGUCAUGUCGGGCAUCAUCACCGGCCCCUACUUCAUCGAUUACUUUCACCAACCGUCCAAGGCCGAGGUCGGAACCAUGGUGGCCAUCCUCGAGGUGGGCGCCUUCGUGGCCUCGCUCGUCGUCGGCCGUCUCGGGGACAUCAUCGGCCGCCGUCGCACGAUCCUCUACGGAUCGUGCAUCUUCUUCGUCGGCGGCGCCCUGCAGACGCUCGCCACCUCGAUGGCCAUGAUGAUGUUCGGCCGCAUCAUCGCCGGUCUCGGCGUCGGCAUGCUGUCCACCAUCGUCCCCGUCUACCAGUCGGAAAUCUCGCCGCCGCACAAUCGCGGGAAGCUGGCCUGCAUCGAGUUUUCCGGCAACAUCAUCGGCUACACGUCCUCCGUCUGGGUCGACUACGGCUGCGGCUUCAUCGAGAGCAACAUGUCGUGGCGCAUUCCCUUGAUGAUGCAGUGCGUCAUGGGCGCCCUUUUGGCCCUCGGAAGCCUCGUCAUCGUCGAGUCCCCGAGAUGGCUUCUGGACAAUGAUCACGACGAGGAGGGAAUGGUCGUCAUCGCCAACCUCUACGGCGGCGGCGACAUCCACAACACCGAGGCGCGCGACGAGUAUCGCGAGAUCAAGAUGAACGUGCUCCUGGAGCGCCAGGAGGGCGAGCGGACCUACGGCGACAUGUUCCGCCGCUACCGCACGCGCGUCUUCAUCGCCAUGUCGGCCCAGGCGCUGGCCCAGCUCAACGGCAUCAACGUCAUCUCCUACUACGCGCCCUACGUCUUCGAGUCGGCCGGCUGGGUCGGCCACGACGCCGUGCUCAUGACGGGCCUCAACGGCAUCACCUACUUCCUCUCGACCAUUCCUCCCUGGUAUCUCGUCGACCGCUGGGGCCGACGACCGAUCCUGCUCUCGGGCGCCGUCGCCAUGGCCAUCUCGCUGUCGUUCAUCUCGUACUUUAUAUACCUCGACAUCGCCUGGACCCCGCGCAUGGUCGUCCUCUUCGUCAUGAUUUACAACGCCGCCUUCGGCUACUCGUGGGGGCCCGUCCCUUGGCUCUACCCUCCCGAGAUCCUGCCGCUCAGCAUUCGAUCCAAGGGGGCGAGCCUGUCGACGGCGACCAACUGGGCGGCCAACUGGCUCGUCGGCGAGAUGACGCCCAUCCUGCAGGAGUUGAUCAAGUGGCGCCUGUACCUCGUGCACGCGUUCUUCUGCGUCGCCAGUUUUGUCAUUGUGUACUUCCUCUACCCCGAGACGUGCGGCAUUCGCCUCGAGGAGAUGGACUCGAUAUUCGGCGACGCCAGCACCGCCGCGGGGACGCCCUCGAUUCGCGCCGAGACGGGCUCUCUCAUGAGGGGCGGGUCCCCCGUCGGGUCCGGCCGCGGUGCGGGGCCGUCCAAUUCGAUGCCAGGCCUGUCGCUGGAGCACGACGGGGAGGUAGACGAAGAUCACAAGUCGCAGGCGCAAACCGGCGGCGGCGACGACAAGACCAUCGGAGGCUGGCUGUCGAGGGUGGCCGGCCGCGGUCGAGACGACGGCGCGAGCAGUUCUCAGGGCCGUUAUGCGCCACUUGGGCAACGAGAGGAAGGACGGCGCAACGACGACUGA